AUGCCAUCAGAUUAUGUUGACCCUUGCACUCCUCCUUCACCAUCCAUCUCACUGGUGCAUGCCUAUAGAGACCAGGAACUCGUCAGUGUACCAUGUAACCUGCUCGUCCAGGGAGAUGUUGUGGUUCUAGGACCUGGGCACUCGGCCCCUGCACAGGUUCAACAGGUUAAUAAAAGAGAUUCUUCAUUAGUUGUGAUAAUGACAGUGGUUGGGGCCUGAAAUAAAGCUAGAAAAUUACUUGGUUGCAUGUGAGUGUGGACUCGAGACAAAAAACAUGUUCUAAAAGGGUGCCAGACAUGAUGUGGUUUGCUGCUAAACAUUUGAAUUUUAACAGCCGUUAAAGCAAACAGUCACAGUAAAGGUUUAAGUUGUGUAAAAACAUGUUUUUGGUCAUCAAGUUCUGCUUAUCUUUUAUUUUUCUCAAUAGUCAACUUUCACGAAUAUUUCUUGCUUUAAUAGAAACAGCACAACUGCUUUCAGGAAUUAUUUUUUGGAGUUUUACGACUCCAAAUAUUUUUCUUAAUGUCUAAAAUAAUCUUGUGAUGAACAUUUUGUUGAGCAAAAGCAAGUCAAUUUGACAAAGAGCAAUCUGUUAUAAUUAUAUUUGGUUUUUCUCCAAAUAACAGAAGCCUUUACAGUUCACUAGGUAUAGGUGUUAUAUCUUGGUGUUGAUCCUGUUGUUCUUUUGAGCAGUGAUCCCAAGUUAAGCAAUGUCAUUUUGUUUUGAAUUGUCAACAGUUAAACAAGAUUGUUUGAUGGUUUGAGGCUUUGCAUGCAGCUGGCAUGGGUUCCUUGAAUAUUCCUUAAGUAUUUCCAGUAGUCCUUGUGCCUGGCCCAGUCGCCUUUCAUUGCGUUGUCUUAUCCCCAAAAGUGACAAACUUAAAAGUUGAGUAGCCUGUAGGGGUUGGGUAUAUGUUGUCCACCUACAUCCCACAGAGUUUUUUGAGUUACAGACCUGCGGUGUUUUGCUGUUAUUUUGUGGAGGACAAGAAAUUUUGGCCCAUUUAAAGUAAACUGGAAAUCCAGAAAAUUUUUGCAAAUAUUUCUGUUUGAUAUCUAUGUCAGACUGUGAUCCCUGCAUCAUCAAACUAAGUUAAGUUUUUGGUUUAAUUGGACUGAUGAUACAAGUAACAAAAGACAUUAGUCAAGUAUACAUGCGUGCAGUUUGAGGCAAAAAAUUCUUAAAAUAAUAUUGAUGAACUUUUCAUGUUGUUGAUGCAAGGUAUUCAACUUAGCUCAUAAAGACUUCAGCAUCUAAAUCUUGCCUAAGAUAUAGUGUACUUUGAUUAAAGUUCAGGCUUUACUACCCAGCACAGCCUGUACACUUCCAAUUCAGUCCUUUAUUCAUUAAUCUUUUGUCCAUAGCUCUCCUCUGAAUUAUCAAACAAAGGCUCCCCCCUGGUUCUUGAAGAAGGUCAAGUGUUCUACCCAAUCGUCACUCAAAACCCUUCAGGUAUGUUCACAUGCAAAGAUUUGUCAUUUUAUUUCAAGCUGANUCCUCCUUCACCAUCCAUCUCACUGGUGCAUGCCUAUAGAGACCAGGAACUCGUCAGUGUACCAUGUAACCUGCUCGUCCAGGGAGAUGUUGUGGUUCUAGGACCUGGGCACUCGGCCCCUGCACAGGUUCAACAGGUUAAUAAAAGAGAUUCUUCAUUAGUUGUGAUAAUGACAGUGGUUGGGGCCUGAAAUAAAGCUAGAAAAUUACUUGGUUGCAUGUGAGUGUGGACUCGAGACAAAAAACAUGUUCUAAAAGGGUGCCAGACAUGAUGUGGUUUGCUGCUAAACAUUUGAAUUUUAACAGCCGUUAAGGCAAACAGUCACAGUAAAGGUUUAUUAAAGUUGUGUAAAAACAUGUUUUUGGUCAUCAAGUUCUGCUUGUCUUUUAUUUUUCUCAAUAGUCAACUUUCAGGAAUAUUUCUCGCUUAGAAACAGCACAACUGCUUUCAGGAAUUAUUUUUUGAAGUUUUACGACUCCAGAUAUUCUUCUUAAUGUCUCAAAUAAUCUUGUGAUGAACAUUUUGUUGAGCAAAAGCAAGUCAAUUUGACAAAGAGCAAUCUGUUAUAUAUUUGUUUUUUUUCAAAUAACAGAAGCCUUUACAGUUCACUUAAGGUAUAGGUGUUAUAUCUUGGUGUUGAUCCUGUUGUUCUUUUGAGCAGUGAUCCCAAGUUAAGCAAUGUCAUUUUGUUUUGAAUUGUCAACAGUUAAACAAGAUUGUUUGAUGGUUUGAGGCUUUGCAUGCAGCUGGCAUGGGUUCCUUGAAUAUUCCUUAAGUAUUUCCAGUAGUCCUUGUGCCUGGCCCAGUCGCCUUUCAUUGCAUUGUCUUAUCCCCAAAAGUGACAAACUUAAAAGUUGAGUAGCCUGUAGGGGUUGGGUAUAUGUUGUCCACCUGCAUCCCACAGAGUUUUUUGAGUUACAGACCUGCUGUGUUUUGCUGUUAUUUUGUGGAGGACGAGGAAGUUUGGCCCAUUUAAAGUAAACUGGAAAUCCAGAAAAUUUUUGCAAAAUAUUUCUGUUUGAUAUCUAUGUCAGACUGUGAUCCCUGCAUCAUCAAACUAAGUUAAGUUUUUGGUUUAAUUGGACUGAUGAUACAAGUAACAAAAGACAUUAGUCAAGUAUACAUGCGUGCAGUUUGAGGCAAAAAAUUCUUAAAAUAAUAUUGAUGAACUUUUCAUGUUGUUGAUGCAAGGUAUUCAACUUAGCUCAUAAAGACUUCAGCAUCUAAAUCUUGCCUAAGAUAUAGUGUACUUUGAUUAAAGUUCAGGCUUUACUACCCAGCACAGCCUGUACACUUCCAAUUCAGUCCUUUAUUCAUUAAUCUUUUGUCCAUAGCUCUCCUCUGAAUUAUCAAACAAAGGCUCCCCCCUGGUUCUUGAAGAAGGUCAAGUGUUCUACCCAAUCGUCACUCAAAACCCUUCAGGUAUGUUCACAUGCAAAGAUUUGUCAUUUUAUUUCAAGCUGACGAGUUUGUGAUUUAUUUUACAAUUGUGGCUAUUUUUUUGUCAGAUGGCUCCAAAGUAACUGGUACCGGUAUACAGUCUUCACAACCUCACCAACGAGAAAAGUUCCUUGUCACAGUAACACCAUUUAAAGUCAGUUUAAGGUAGAUAUUUCACAGCCCAGUGCUAUUUGAUAUGUUGUCAUUCUUAAAAAAGUUAAAGCUAUUGUAGUGAGGUUUAAAGUCAUUUUUUUUCCUCAUUUUAUUCAUUAUAUUUGGAGUUAGAGUUCUUGUAUGUAGUUGAAGAUGUUUAAUUUCCUAUGUUGUGUUUUAUUCUGAAACUUCGUAUAAUAAAUAUUCCCUAUCUACCACUUGGAGGGUGGUGGAAGGACGCAGUAAUGAUAUCAUAAUUUAUGCUAGCUAUCACUUUAAUCUUUUACACAGGAGAAUUCUCAAUCAGUCUUUGAAAAGACCAGUGAGCAUAGUAGGAAACGAAAUGCAUUAUAUUACUAGCACUAUUGUAGACAAGAGACUCCUGCCUGUUAUUUUGGUGAGUAUAUAAUUUUCUGAAUUUGUUUAUUAAUGACAUUAGUUUUUGUAUUAUUGAAAAAUAAUGUCUAAAAAAUAUCUUUGAAGUAUUUUGAAUAUUAAAAUGUGGUUGAAUUGAGGCAAAUUUUGUCAGUUUGCUUACAUAUUGUAUUGAGAUUUGCAUAAUUGCAUAAUUUAUUGUUUCCUUUUCUGAAGGUGUUAUCCUUGAUUGUAAAUAUUCUCAGAAUAUUUCUUCUUGCAAAUGACUCAGGACACUGGAGUGAGUUGGUUCUUUUACUUCAGGUAAUAAAUUAUUUGUUACAGCUAGUGUAUAAUUUAUGAAUAUUUUAUUAAUUUUAAUUACUAAGAGUUCUCACAUUGUUUUUUUGUACUUUCUUUCUCAAUAGUAAUUCUUCCUGUACAUAUUCAUGGUUUUUUAAUGGAUUAUAUUGUGAUCAAAGUUACUGCGCUUUUCACAAACAUGCGAAUUGUGAAGUUCAAAAGCUAACUCUGAGAAUUGCAUCUUUUGCUUCCGUCAAUCAUCUUAGCGGACCUCUUAGGAAACAAAACUUUACUUUAACAGGUUCAAAAGGUCAUGGUUUGUGAUUUGUGAUUGGUGGAUUUCGAUCCGUUUUGUGUGUUUCUGUGUUUCAGGGUUCGUUGCUUGUGAUCGUAAUUAUGAUUGACGGCAGCAAAAAACGUGACGUUUGAACUUAAGAGUUCACAUGUUUGUGAAAAGCACAGUAAGUCAAACCUUGUCAUUCAGACACCAAAGAGUCAGAAAAAAGAACUUGCUGUUAUCUGAUCAACUCAAAGGUGUCAGGAUGUUAUAUUAUUUCUUAACUAUCUCUACAUGACCUCUAUCUGAGGUACAUGUAUCUGCAUCAGAAUUUUGGGCAAAUAAAUAUACUCUGCUGUGGGUGGCCUGUUCUAGGCAUUCAGAUGGUGUGAAGCAAGUUAAAAUGGCAAAUGCAAAAGCAAAACGAGGGUGAAAAAAUGAGGGUCUCCUCUCUUUUUUUUUCUCUCCCUCUAGCUCUCUCUCUCUUGUCAAUUUUUCAUCUGUGCCCCACCAUCUAAACUCCUGGAAUAGGAUAUGCUGUAGGUUAGUUAAGGUUCAUUUGUAUGAAAAUUAUCUGUGAUUUUUCAGGGUUAUGCUGUCUUGCCACUCCUACCCAUUUCUUUUCCCACUGUAUGGAUCGCCCUCAAUCUUUAUGGAGCAGCAAAAGUUAAAGUUCUGUUUCAAUUUCUUAAAGAAAAAGGAAAGGUGAGCACUCAACAAAUUUUAAACAGUUCUAAUUGUUUUGUGGAAAAUAAUAGGAAAAGUGAUGUAAAGAUAACCAGUAUACCUCAUUAGGUGACAUUUGGGUCAUAAUAGAUUGUAAAAGCAAAAGAGGCUGUAGAGAAACCAAAGUAAUGGUGUGACCGAGAUGGUAUCAGGAGGAAUCAUUAAGACAAUAUUAAGUGUUUAAUGCAGGGUUUUAAUUAAGAAUUCUAGUAGCAGGAGAAAGGCGUAACGUUACAGGAGAAUAUUGUGAAAGUGGCUCCAUGUCUGAAGAAUAAAUAUUCAUAGGCUAAGUCCCUACGGCAACCACAUUCAUCUUUGGUCACUGGAAAAAGGGUUUUCCGGGGAAAGCAGUAUAAAUUAAUGUUAGUUCACCUUGGCAACCAGCAUCAUGUUUGCAAUGCAGCAAAGAUCAUGUGAAGUCACCAAGGCAACAAGUGUCAUUUCAAGUCACCAAGGCAACAAGAGUCGUAUGAAGUCACUAAGGCAACAUGAGUCAUAUGAAAUCAACAAUUAAGAUAACAAGAGUCAUGUGAAGUCACCAAAGCAACAAGAUCAAUAAGAGUGAUGAGAGGUCAACAAGAUUACAAGAGUCGUGUGAAGUAAACUAGGCAACAAGUGUCAUGUGAAGUUACCAACUUUUGUUUUUCAGCCAGCAAAUGAGGUAACUGUACAAGAAGUAUUGAAAUGUGCUUUGAAAAUAUUCCUGGGAGAUCCUUCAAGUCUACCAAGAACAGCAAAUCUUUUAGAAAUUCUAGGAAGCGUUACAGUGAGUUACACAUUUUUUUAAAAAAUAUAUACUGGUUGUUUUGUGCAUAGCCGUUGAUUAAUGUAUUAUGGCCUUCAAAGACAUUUUAUAUUUUGGCAUUUUUAGCAUUGUCAGUGCUUAAUCCUAAUCACUAUUGUCAGAACCCAGACCUAACUCAUCUUUCUUGACUCAUGACUCAUUUGACUCUAAUGGCUUUCUCCCGAUUUACUAACAUUUAUAAAAGGACAUUUAUCUUUAUAAAUAAAGUGACCAUAGAUCUUAGUAGUUUUGUAGUGGCUAGCAUUACUUAAGACUCCGUACAAACAUAUCAAUGUAAUAUGGCUUACUGCAUUACUAUAUAACAGGCCCAAAUUGUUCAAAUGGUGGAUAGCGCUAUCCACCAUAUAAAUCUCUAUCCAGUUGAUAGUGCAUUGGUUUCCCUAAUUCUUAUCCAUUGGAUAGAGAUCUACCCGAUGGAUAGUGCUAUCUAACCUAGGGUAAAUCAAAACUGAAAUCAAAUUUGACCUGUAAAAUAUAUUUUUUUUUUUCACUUUCUACUUGAAGGUGUGGUGUUGUGUGGACAAAGAAGGGAUAUUGUCACUGCCAAAUCCUUGUGCAGAAAAAGUGUUCUUUCUAAAAAGUCGCAAACACAAGUUAAAAGAGGAGUUGGCAGGUAAAGCAAAGAGUAGAAAAGAAAGCACCUGCACAUGGACAAGUGAAGUAAGUAGACAGUCAUCAAGCCAGGAUGGACAAGAAUCUUCUGAUAAUGAUGACGAGGAUGAUGAUUGUUAUGGCGAUGAUGAUGACAUUUAUGUCAGUGAUUCUGAAACCACUGGUAAGUGUAUAUUGAUCAGUUCAGUUACUUUUCUGUCUUUGUCCUUUUUGUUUGUUUUGUGAAAAUAAUCUCAAACAUGCAGUGAACACCUUUAAUACAAAACUGGUACAGUUAUAUACAAAAAAGGCUCUAUUUAAUUGAGCAACCUGAAAAAAGUCUGGUUGGAAUGGGCUUAACUUUUUUCACAUUAAACUUACAGGGAAUUUGUAAGAUAUAUUAAAUACAAGCAGUCUAAAGAAAUGUUAUUUUUCUUUAUUUUGUGUGAAUUUCAGGCAACAACUGGAAUGAUUAUUAUUUUAAAGGUCACAGAGAAGUGCUCAACUUGUCUUCUGAUCCUGAGGUAUUUUCAUUUGUAGUGUUGUUAUAAUAUUUUAAAACCACUUUGAUGGGCAUGUGGAGUUUGAUUGCUGGAUGUAUUUAGCUCUGUGUACACUGUGAAAGUAACGGUAUGUUCAUUUUUCUUAGUUUGAAAGGCUGAACGUUUAACUGCCUAUAAAAGUCUACAAAGCAGCAGUGAUCUAAUCUCAUAAUUGUAGAGGCCUUAGCCUUAAUUGUAGACUUGAUUACCAGCUGUUUUGUGUACCGACAUUCCUUCAUGCACUGUUUGAAGGAGGUUGCCUCAAGCAGCUGCAAUAUUAUUGAAACGUACUGUAGCAUGGAAAAAGAUUAACAAAACUAUAUUUAUUAGAUAAUGACUUUGUUAUGUGUUAAACUCAAGUUCAUUGCAUCCCUUUUUACCCUAUUUCCACUUUAAGACUUUUGAUUAUAUUCAGUACUUUUUUGCACUGAAUUCUAGAGUCAAUUUGGACUGAGGUUUGAUGAUGUCAGAUGGGAGAAUCAUAUUAACUCUCUUAAACCACUGGUGAGGAUUUACUGACAAAAAUUUUCAUCACUUAGUUGUGUGAAUAUACAAUAUUAUUUAUGUAGUCUGUCAGUAGUGUCACCCCGUGAAGGGCAAUCCUAAAUGCAUGUUAUCUUUCAACACUGAAACAGCAAAAUGACUAACAAUGCAUUUGAUUGAUAGUAUUCUGGAAUAAGAAUAUGCAAAAGUUUUAUAUAAACCUCUUCUACUGUGAUGUUUGAACCAUUUAAAAAUUUUAAUAUAAAAUAACAUAGAUCAGCAGUGUGCUAAGAAUUUAGUGUCUGGUAGCCCCGGGGCUAGUGGAUGUUGCUGUCAGGCUAGUGAAUUCUGUUCUCAUUACUUGCCCAAUGGGCAAGUGAAGUUUUUUGGGGUAUUCAAAUAUUAAUAACAUAAGAGCUGUAAUCAAUCCUGCUCAUCAAUUUUUUUCUGUGGGGAGGGGGGAGGGCAGUGGUUGGGGGGGGGGCUAGUUGAAAUGACAACAGGGUUAGCUACAGAUUGCCUGAAUGGCAAGCUGUAAAACUGACUUUCUUUGCACCCUGAUCAGAAUAUUCUAUUUCAAGCAGUUUUGUAGAUUUUGAAAUACAAUGAAAGCCCAAUCAAGUGAUUUAACAUUCUAGAGUCUAUUCCAUUUAGUGCUAUUCCAGAAUGCUGUCAACCGAACAUGCUCUAUUAAUCUAAGAGACUGGCAUAGGACAACUUCAAUGUACUGUUUUCUGGCCUAGGGACAUCACUGUUAUGUCUUCUAUAACAAUAAUUGAUUUGCAUGACAAGCCUCUAACCUGUGCAAGAUGUGUAAGAACUUUUUUAGUGUGGUUAUGCAACACUGUCAGGGGUGUCCAGGUGUAUGUAGGAGGGAAAUAAUAUUGCUGAUGUUCAUGUAUGAAAGACAAAGUGUCUCAAAUGUUUUGACUAGGAUUGUUAUUACACAGAGAAAAUCUUACAAAUCAGAGUGACUAAUUUCGGUAAAAUUAUUUUAAGGGACAAAACAAAUGGCUGUAUAGACUGAAAGUUAUAUGUGUUUCUUACUGUAACCAGACGAUCUUGUUGAUUUAGUUGAUAAGAAGUUUUUUUGUCUCCAGGGCCUAAACAUUCUCCUUAACUCCUGCUGUAAGUGUCCUGUACGAUGUCUCCGGUUUGCAGAUCACACUGGUCUGUUGUCUCUUUCCUACAAUCCAGUUCCGCUGCCUUUUUAUAGAAGGUACCAGCGCUUUUAUAUUUUAUUGGGUCCUCUGUAACAGCUCGCAAGAAAAUAAUUUGUCAUUUAACUGAAGGGUAAAAUAAGUAUUUGUAAUCAAAUGGUGACGAGUGAAAUUAUGGAAUAAUUUCUCGUGUUUUUGUCAUCAGAAUUUGGACAAAACACAAGUGUAAUAUUCCCUAAUUUCACGAGUGUACUUUUUGAUUACCUAUUUUAAUAGGUAAAAUUUUCCCAAGUGUGGGUUUUUUAUUAAUUAUUGUGUUCAUUGUAUUGACAAUUUCACAAACUGAAAAGUUAGGAGAAUAAUUUUUGCUAAAGUUCACAACUAUCUGAAUUUUUCUGCAAAAUACUUGUUAGAAUCCUUCCUCAUGUGCUCUCUAGCCCGCAUGCUGACAUCUCCUAUUUUCCUUGCUUUCUCUGUGUUUAGGUUUUUAGUGUCUUUUAAUGCCUCAGCAUCUUCAUUCACAACAUUUUAAAACCUUGACUCCCUCUUGGCACUGUACGUUGCCACAGCAGAUUUUUAAUUUCACAUGUGAAGUUAUAAGUUAAUGCUGAACUUUUGCGCGAAGGUUAAGGAGUAGUUUGUCACCUAUGAUAUUAAAUUGAUAAAGCAGUCACUAAUGUUGGAUUUGAUGGUACUGGAUAUUUCAGGUGUUUGUGUCUGCUUGGCAAGGAGAUAGGUUUUAUGGAGCGUGCUCUUGAUCUCUUUAUAAAGAAGAAGUACAUUUUUGCAGUUCAGUCGCCAGUGGUAAGUUGUUAGUCAUCUGUAUAACUAAACACCAGAUUUGCUUACAGUAUUUUUUGUCAGUUUCAAAUCCUACAUCGGCUUAAUAUUAUUUCAUUUUUACAUUAUCUGUAUCAAUUUUAUAGGUAAACUAUCAUUUAUAGACUUUUGGGAAUAAUAUACUAAAGGACAAAAAAAUUGUUGUGUUUUUGCCAUAAAUAAAAUAAAAAAAUAAAGUUUUGAAAACUUCAAACUAUAGUAUUACAUUCUGCACUUCUACUUUUACCAGGUAAUCGGGAAGAAGAAAUGAUAACUUCCAUUGAGGACUUGUGUGGCUGCUUACUGGUUUCUUCUUCUUUUCAGAAUUCCACUUUCAGAUUUCCCAUCCAUUCCCAUUCAUUUUUAUCUGUAUCAAAAGAGAAGCCCAUACCAAACAUGAUCUGUCUCGUUACUAAGGAAAAACGAACAGGUAGGUCACAUUACCUUGAAUACUGAUGGUUUUUCUUUAAUAAUAAAUAAUAACCGGUACUCAACGCUCCUACUACACGUACAUUGUUCAAGGCAUUUUUGGAGGAAUCAAAGCAUCAUCCCAGCUGGUUUCAAAAUAAUUUCAGAAUAAUUUAAAGAAUAUUGUAUUCUUUUUUACAUUUUUCCAGGCCUAAAGAUGUAAUUUAUCAUCUGUAACAACACCAAAGAAAAUUUCUCAUGGGAGUCCGAGAAAGUGAAUGUCAAAUUUCACAAGAAUUGUGAAAACACCGGUAAAGUUGUGAAAAUUUCGUGCGAAAGAUGUAAUUUUAUGAACUUUGACGUUCAUUUUCUAGAGCUCCCAUAAGAAAUUUUCUUUGGUAUUAUUACAGAUGACUAAUUACAUAUUUAGCCCUUGAAAAAUGUAAAAAGGAAUGCAAUAUGCUUUAAAUUAUUCUGGUACAAGGUUUUUGUUCACUAAAAUUUGCUGGCAGAUUCCGUCUUAAAGUGUUUAGGCAAGUAAAUUCCCACGAUCUCCCCUCCCUCCUUCCCCCAUCUCCUUCUCACUCUUUCUUACUUCAAGGGGGCGGGAUUGGGGGGGGGGGGGGGAGAGGGGGGGCCCGGGGGAAAAAGUUGUGGGUGGUGCCUUUUUUAAACUCUUUAAAUCUUGUUUUUUGGGGUUUUUUUUUGAAAAAAAUUUGUGUAUGUUUUUUUUGUUUUGUUGGUUUUUUACACUUUUUNAAAGUUGUUGGUUGAGUCCUUUCUAAAAUCCGUAAAUCAUGUUUUGAUGGGUAAUUUUUUGAGAAAAAUCUGUGCAUCUUUAAUCUGCUUUGUAGGGUCUCUUCAACUUCUUACUCAAGGAUCAGCAGAUGUUGUUCUUGAAGCAUGUACAGAUUACUGGGACGGUAAAAGUCUGUGUCCUGUAACAGCAUCUGAGAGGUACGUUUACAUAAGAACUUAAUAAUGGUCAGGUUAUUCAGUUCAUUAGAUAGUUAUUCUCUAAGCUGUUAGUAAUUCUAUGUUUACCCUAACUGUAAAGUUAUUGCAAGCUGGGAUGAUGGCAGUGACAACAGCUCUGUGCAAAAUGAGACAGAGGGAAUGCUUUCUGUUCAAUAAAAAUUCCAGUUUGAAAUUUUGGAAACUCCACAUGCCCAAUGAAAUGGUAAAUUCCAGAUGCACUGACCAGAACCCAAGCCACGGCACAUCUGGGUAUUGUUCUUGUAAGCAGGAUGCAAAAGAGCGGUACUGGGAACAACAAUUUUGUCAAAUAGAAAGGGACAUUUCGGUCCGACCGACCGAAAUGAGUGGACCGGUCAAAGUGGACCACCUUCAAAGGUGGUCCCAAAUAUUCUGGUUGGACUGAACCGAAAUCAGUAUGUUUCAUUUGAUUUCUCACUAAAAUUUCCCGAAUUUUGGGGGCUGAAUAGAAAGCUCCCAGUAUCUCACAUUCCUGGUAUUGAUCUCAACAUGCAGGGGACUAUUAAUUUUUACAUCUCCAUCACCUUUAAGCUUUAAUACUGUAAAAUUCUGAAAAUAAGCCCCUCCAUAGCCCCUCCAAAUACAAACCCCCCAAACCAGUAACGCAAAAAAACCCCCGUUAAAUCGCCCCUCCAAAUAUAAGGCUGCCUGGGGGCUUGUACUUGGAAAAUUGCCCUCAAAUAGUCCCUCAAAUACAAAGUAAAACAAAGCAAAAACGGUAAAUUUACUUCCAACUAUAAGGCUAGCUCAAUCAGUUUUGAAACACAAAUUUCCCUCUGUAGAUAAGCUCCUCCGAAUAUAAGCCCCUCCAAAAAUAAGCCCCUCAAAAAAGGCCUUUGAAAAUAUAAGCCCCGGGGCUUAUUUUCGGAAUUUUAUGGUAUGUUCUUAAAUUCAGUAAAAAGAAUUUUUCCCUUAGUCUGUAGUUAGUUAAUUCACUUCUCUAUUUUCUAUCAUUUUUAGAAAGAAAGUAUUGGACUUUUAUCAGAGGAACAGCAUGUCAGCAAACUGUGUGGCAUUUGCUUAUCGUCCUGUCAGUCAGGUAAUAAACUUUUAGCUUUGUCAUGUGAUUAACUGGGGUCAGGGCUGAAAUAACUUGUCAGUGAAUUACUAUCAUAAUGGCUAUCGCAUUUUCUUGCCAUAAUGAUGCUGGUUCAUGCACAUGCACUACUUGUAGGGAGAAAAUCUUGUUCUCAUAAUCAUCCUCAUCUUAGAAUCUCAAGGUCUCUAAUACUUACAUGUAAACUGAGUAAUAAUAAAUCUUACGUUGGAAUGUCUACUUCUAUUUGCAUUUAAAUUGUCAUGUUUUGGCAUCAUACCUUGACUGAAAACAACAAAGGUGGUUGCAUCGAUGUUUUGUUAUAUGAUAAUCUUGUUUUUUCUCCAAAAUUUCCUUAUUUGUUCUGACAGAUACCAGAUGAAAACAGCAGUGAUGUGUACUUAGAGCUGCCAUCUACAACUCGAUGGUUAUCGUUUAGUGAUAAUGAUGAUAUAGAAAGGUGCAAAUGAUUUUUAUUAAAGUCACUCUCAAUGUGUUUGUGUAUUGUGUGACAAUAUUAAGACUAGCUGGUCGCAUAUGGGCCUUCUUGCAUUGAGAAUUUUGAGAAGUCAAAAGAACUUUUAAUUAUUCCUUGGAUAUUCAAUAAUUUUUUUGUUGAUAACCAUUCAGUUUGAAGCUGAAGUCAGUAUGUUGAUCCAUUGAUUGUUUCUUUAUCAGUGCCUCUGAAGUCUCAGAAGAAGACGCUGAAGAUAAAUUUGAUGAGACCACUGUUUUUGUAAGUAUAUAAUAAUGUCAUUUGCACAAUGUUUUCUAAUUAAUUUUAUUCUCUAUGAAUGGCAAAGCCUUAUCUCUUUCUUAGAAAAUUGUUUAGUAAAAAAAAGCAAACAAACAAAUUAAACAAGUCAGCAUCAGUAACAGUUUUUCAACAUUUUUAUACAUUCCUAUUGUAAGUUAACAAUUUAACAAAGUGUACGUGCAUGAUCACAACCCUUCAUAUUGUUAAGAAAACCUGAUUUUACAAAAAAAGCCGGUGGGGUUUGAACCAGCCCAGUUUUAGAGAGUUUGAAAAAACCUUUGAAAAUCAUAAGUUUCAGAUUUCAUCCAACUCAUCAAGCUAUUAAUGCAAACAGUUGUUGUAGAUUUUAGUGGACAGAAUAUAUCUGUAUUUUGUAAACAUCAGUCUUUUGCAAAUCUUUUGAUGGGAAUUAACAGCUCAGAGCACACAGCUGAAGAUGGCUGUGACCAAUUGAAAAAAUCAAACAAAUUUUAAUUCCCUUAUGCUGCUUAACCUCUUCUUUGUUUAAAAAUAAUGUUUCAAUAUUUCUACAUUAUAGUUUCAUCAUUCAAAUUUAUCAAACAAUAAUUAUUGCUUUAACCAGUUUGAUAAGUUAAUUUCUUUGUGUCUUGACUGUCUGUCAUAAAAUCAUAAUUAAAUGACAGAUCUUAUAACAUCUUCAAUGGUGUUUUGUUAGAGAACUUAUCAAUAAAUGAUGUCUUUGUGCUUGGUGACAGACAAUGCCUUCUGAACUGAAUGCAGAAGAAUCAGCAGCAUCCCUCUUAGACAGAGUGAAUGUUGUGGAGAAUGCAGAGGAAUAUCAGAGGUAUUUAGUUUAAAUCAUUUUUUUUUAAUCAUUGGUCUUCUAACAUGUAUUUGCCCAAAUUUGUUUCAAGUAAUUCACAUUUUUUGCUUUUGCAGCAUUCUUGGUGGUCAAAUCUUCAUUGGAGUGGUGACACUACAGUUUAAAGCUAAAAAGGUACAAAUGUAUUGACGGCUUGAAUCAUUCAGCCAUGUAUAUGGCUUACAGCAGUAAGAACCAUCUUCCUGAUUUUAAAUAGAAUUUUUAUGAUUGAUCUAAGCUCUGUUUUGGUGCAGAGAGCUCAAACUAGGUGAAUUAAUUCCUACAUUUUGAAUUCUGGGUUUGGAUUAUGAAAUCUUGUCUCCUUUGGCUUACACUUGAAUUUUAUUCUUACAGGACAUUCUUCCACUCAUUGAAGACCUAAAUAAUGCUGGGAUCCGAUUUGUUUAUUUUUCAGCUGAAAAUGAAAUGAGAAGCAGGGUAAGGGCCAGACUCUGUUCUGGAUUGUGUAGGCAUUUGUUCCACUUUGGACUGACAGUAAACCCCUAAACAUCGUAAGAGAAACAGUUAGUUUUGUUUCCCAACAAUUAUUUUAGUGUUUCUGAGGCAGAAUGAAGUAAAACAUUAAGAUUUGAUAACUACUUUAUUGCACUUUUAAUUUAUGCAUGCAAAUUAAUGAAAAUCUCAGCAAGAAUUCAACAUUUUACAGGUAAGAGGUAAAAAGGCACCAGUGUUGCCCUCUGACAUCAUAGAUUUUGCAGUAUUGUUGACUCUGAGACUUUUGACAGGAAACAGUUUCAUCAUUAGAUGCCAUGUGACCUCAGAGUUACCAAUGCCGACAGCAUGCACUGUUGGAGCCAAAAUUCCUGCAAAAUGACUAUGAUAUAAUUCAUGUUUAGGUGUUUGCAGAGCGCAUGGGCCUGGAAACAGGCUGGAAUUGUCACAUUUCUUUAAGAGAGGGUGGUCAACUAAUUGAGGACCGAGGCAGCAGUGCAACAGUAUCAGAAAGAAAUGCAGAGAGUCUUUUUGAUACUCAAGAUGACAUAAAUGUGGCUGGACAAGAAGGCGAUGAAAAACAUGUCAGUUGGUGGGGAGUUCGUAGUGAUGAAUUGCCUGAAAAAGGUAUUGUCACUAGCUCUUUAAAUGUGCACAUCAUGUUUCUGUGAAUCAUUUUCUAAAAUUUAAUUUAACUCUCGUGAUCAUAAGUUAACCACCCCUUGCAAGUGGUAACCCAUUGAAAAUGCCAAAAUCAGUUUUUUUCAGUCAAAGUGGUGUAAUUUUGAUAGUGGGUACCUCAUAGGUGACCAACUGUUGUAAGUAACCACUAAAUCCUGGCAUUUUUGGACAGUCACUUAAAGGAGGUUUUUAUUGUACAUGUAGUUAGUAUUUAAUUUUAACCUCUCCAGGAGCACCUUGGAGACAUGAGGUACAAUCGAGAGUCAUAGGGAAUUGAAGUGGCCAGUGUAGAGAGAUUUUAAAACAAGGAAGUGAAUAUAUCUGCUGGGCCUUUAGUAUAGACUCGACUGUAUUUAUCUUAAUUUUAAUAAUAAUGUCUCCUUGCUAUUGAACAGUUCCUAAUAAGGCUGAAGCCACAGAAGAAGUGGAUCCCUUACUUGAAAGCCACAGUGAUGGAGGUACUCUGUUGAGUAGCAGUCAGAUAUCAGCACCUGAGGAUUACUGGUUCUUUGCAAACAGGGUAAUGAUACAGUAUUCCAAGUAAUCAAUGUGUACUUGUCUAGUAGAUUUGCUAUGGCAUAGCUCUAGUAUGGCUGUUGUAGCUGGGAAGGACUUGGGUGACUAUGCAGUCUCCUGCCAAAACUCAAACUGGUUAUGUUACUCUUUGUAUGCAAUGUCGCAACUCUUUUUAAACUAAAUGGGACUAAUUUUGGGUGGAUUAAUCUCUUCCAUCUGUAAUAAUGAGCUGUCCAUAAUACUUUAGUGGGUGUACACAUACUUAAGUGGGUGUCCAUAUACUUUAGUGGGUGUCCAUAUACUUAAGUGAGUGUCUAUAUACUUUAGUGGGUGUCCAUAUACUUAAGUGUGUGUCCAUUAAAUCCGGUUUGACUGUAUGUCAAACAAGUCACUUUACCAUACCAGAAAACAAGGCUAUGGCAGGAAAGCCGUUCUUCAACACUAUUUAUCAUGCUUGAAUUUUUGCCAACAUUCUGCAAGCAGACACCCACAAAAUCACCUAGGGUGUCCACUUAGGAGGACUUAGACUUUACUUUGAUUGCUGGUUGAAAGAAUUGGGCAAAGGGUUGAUCUUGUUAUUAAUGCUUCUGAACUAUCAUUGCAUUUACUCUUACUACAGUUUCUCUGUGAAAAUUGGUGAAAUGAUCAGUCAUUGCACAAGAGAUCUCACCAUUUUAGGGGUAUUAAAAGUUUACUGACCAAAACAACCUUAUGAUUGCAACUACAAACUCUCUCUAGAGAUCUCCUGACUCCACGUCUAAUUAAGAUUGGCUCUCUUAAAGUUAGGCACGCCAUGUACCAACAAAGUAUUAAUUAUCAUUUUUUUGUGACAGGCUAAACUUCCUAGAGGGGUGCAAAAUAUCAGACCUCACCUGGAGAAUGUUGAUAAUGUUCCUCUUCUCGUUCCAUUGUUUACUGAUUGUUCACCAGCUGGUAAGAAUAUCAUGAUUCAGAGUGUAAUAAAAAAUUAUUUGUAAACAAUCUCUUUGUCUGUUGAGUAACAUAAUGAUUACAAAUAGAGUAAUUGUGCUUAUUAAAAAUAAAAUUAUUAUUAUUGCACACCAUUAUUUUUUCAAAAGUACUAGGUAAAAGUAAGGUUAUCAUUUGUUAUUGUAGUUAUUUUUAAAAUCAAAUUCUGCUCUCAAGACAAGUUUGACAUGGCUACUGAAGAAGGUGUUUAAAGAAAUGAUUAAUUAAAUAAUAUAUUGACCUUUUAUAUUUUUUGGCAGCUGUUCAAGAGAUGAUCUCUAUAAUGCAAGAUUAUGGAGAAGUUGUUUGUUGUGUUGGAAGUUCAUUUAAUUCAGUUAACCCUGCUAUAUUUAUCCAAGCAGAUCUUAGGUAAGAAGAAGCCAAAUUGUUUCAGUUUCACCAAAUAAUUAUUCUUAUAAAAUUUUUAAGUUUGAUUUAACCUCAUUUUCAUUAAAAGUAGAUUUGGUAGCUGCAGAGGGCCUGCAAAUUAUUUUUCUUUUGAGGAGGGGCGUAAAUUAUUCAACCAGGUCGCUGUCUUAGACCCUGUUUAUGUGGAGAAAACCUGUCCUGGGUCCAGAGGUCACCCGCUCAGUCAAUUCUACUUUAGUGAGCAUUUAUAUGAAAAAAAGUUGACCUCUUUGUCCAAGCCAACAGCUCUAGCAGAAGCUCUGAUUGUCUAAAACGGUGCUCGCACAUGCUUUGAUUGUUUCGUCUUGACCGAAAUGACCCGGCUGGGUGAGCCAAAUUGUGCACAAGGAGAAAAGUUGGCCAGGCUAGGGGGGUGACCCUUCUAGCAAAGUCAACUUUUUGUUUCCCAUGUUACCACAUUUUGUUAGGAAAUGAAUGAAAAGUUGGCCACUCAUGAUCACCCAGGGUAGCUUGUGUAGGUGGGUGACACUUUUAACCUGGGAUCUUUUUCACAUAUAAUAAAUUAGGGCCUUAAUUGGACAAACCAGAUAAAAUUGUUGGAAAUAUAUAUUAGGUUGACUUUUGAUUUCUUUUAUUACUUAAUUCCACUUUUCAGCUGCAAUAUGAUAGUCUUUAUAUGGGCAUAUUUUCGUAAGUCACUGCCUGACGACUGACUGUUAUUUACAGCUCUGUGCAGCAUUGUUGGGGCUUUUAUUAUAAACUAAAUAGAAUUAUGUCACUACAUUAGAGCCACUGAGUUAUUUGUGUUUAUUUCUUCCUAAUUGCUUUUUUUUCCUUGGCCCCUGGAAGAGAAAUUGCUAAAUAAUGGUCCCUUGAGAACAAUUCACAUUCUUUCCUAUUCGAUUUUAAAAGCUGUGUUAAAAGGAUCAAAAUAUUAAUCAAGUAUUUGCAUGUAUGUAUGUAUGUAUUAACUGUGGUUCCUACUAUCCUUUGAGGUCUUUACAGGAUUUAUCUCCAGAAAAUCAGCUUAUACUGGUAGUGAACAUAUAAGUACGGCAGUGUAGUUGUUAUUGUGGUAUUUUUUUUUCUUCAAGUAUCGUAUUAAAAACUAUUAUUUUUGCAUUGGUUUUUCAGUAUUGCAGUGGAACCCUUAUUCCCGCAGCUCUGUUUAAAAGGUCUGCCCAAAGACUUUAGAUCAGGAACUCCUCGACUUGGUCAUGAAAGUGCUAGACAAAAAAUACAUCGAAGCCUAAGCGAAGAACAGUCUACUGAGGAAGAGAAUGGUAUGAAUUCAUAUUGAUUCAUACACUAAUUUGAAAAUCAGACUUUAGCUGUCACAUUUCUAUCUAAAACUAUUUAAUUGAAUAAAGUUUUGGUGCCUGUUGAUCCAAUAUAACUAGUUAGUUUGUUUAUCCAAGAUACACUAUUAUCCUUUAAAAAACAGGCCCUUUUCAUCAAAUUAUACUGCCAUUAAAAUUAUACCUUCCUACUCAUUUGUUACUUUAGCGGCAAAAGUUCUCUUUUCUGGGGUGGAGAAAAAUAAUUUUAUAAGUAAUUUAUGUGAAUGUCAAAAUUAGACGUGACCUUAAGUACUUCCAGACCAUCAAUAUAGGCAUUAAAAAACUGCAAUCAAGUUGCCUUUUUUUUUUUCAAAUUACUCUUAUUAGUAUUAUUUUAGAUCAUGAGACUCCAAUCACCUUUGAUUGAAGUAAACAAGCCAUUAUUGUUUCUAUUUAUCUUAUUUUUAGAGCUGUCGCCACUAGAGUUGAGUGUCUUCCUUAAUGCCCUGCCUUGCUCACUGGCAUUCCACAGAGAUGCCAGCUUUGAUUUUAAGGUUUUAAUCAAAGAGGUCAGUUCCCUUUUUUAUUAUUUGUAAUACUUGUAAUACUCCGUAGGUUACCAGACAUCUGUGGAAGUUUAAAGCAUGAGUGAUGGUACUAAGAAAUUGGUACAUAGGCUAACAAAAUAAUGAUAAAAUGUGUCAAAAAGUAUGAAAAUUGAAGGUCUUUUUUAUGGCCAUGCACCCCAUGAAAUGCAGAAACGUUGCCGUUGAAAAGACCUCUUAGGCUGCAAUUGGUGUCAAAAUUGUUGAGACAUCGUACUCAAAUGAGGUAAGUUCAGAGAAUAAAAGAAUCCACACCCCUCUCUCCUCCCCUCCAUUCAAAGUUGGGGUGUUUGUUGUUUUCUAUAGGUAGCUCGAACAGUGGCACAACAUUACAUGGAGGGGAUAGGGGAGAAAAAGCUUUGUUUUCCCCAUUUGGAGGCAGUAAAACAUCAGAAAGCCCCUUUAGGGUGAAGUGUCUCAACUAAUUUUGUUGCCGAUUGUAAUUUCAUAUUCUAAGAACACUUGCUAGUCAAAAUCUGAAUGAACUGUCAAGCUUAAAUGGGGGAAACGUUUGUAUUUAGUUAUGUAUUACUAAAGAAUCAACAUUGAUUGCACUUUCAAUAUUCUUUUAACAUGAAAGUCAAGCUUAGCUUAUAUAGUAUGUAGGAGACACUGCCUGAUGUCUGUUAAGCACACUGUUGUUCACUUUUAAGUCUUACCAUAAAAUAAUGUCACUAAUUAAAAUAAAUAUUACUGUUUACAUUGCAGGCACGUCACCUAUGCUUUGGACUCAUGAACUGCUUCUCCUUCAUGCUGUCAUGUCAGCUGGUACUUUCUGCCGUCAUGCUUCUAUCGUCAUUCUUCCUCCUCCCUCCUCCCUUAACAGGGCUCCAUAUUUUAUGGCUGACAUGCCUGACAGUACCCCUGUUGAGUCUGUCUUUGAUUGGUUCCUCGGCUGAUCAGGAUCUUAUGACAAUGAUCACAGGAAAAAAUGACAAAAACUUCAAGGUAAAUUUGUGCAUAGCACGUACAUGUGAAUAAAUGGUAGGCUCUCCUGGGGAAAUCAGGCCUUCAGAGCGUCUUGCCUAGUUCUUGUACAGGGUCUUCCAGACCUUCUCUGUCAAUGCAUUUCGGUGAUGUAUCUAAGACAAAUGGGUCAAAAACUUGCUCAGACCACGUGACCCAAAAUGCAUAGACCAUGAAGAAUAAUGAGGGUUAGGGACUAGUCAACAGGGUGUCCUGGUGAGCUUGCUUGCAGGAAUGUUCCCAAACAAACUCUGCAGAUGGCCUGGUAUGUAAAAUCAUUACCCUUUUGUGCUUCUGGUACAUUUUGUACUGUUAGGAAUUUUUACGUUCCAAGGCAUAUUUUCUGUAUUAGCAGUGUGCAAAGAAAGUCAUUUUUACAGCGUGCCUUUCGGGUAAGAUAAAGCUGGCAUUUACUAGCCAUUUCAAUAGUAGCCCCAAAACGUUUUGAUUAGCAGAAUUGAUUUCACAGUUUUUCUGUAAUUUGAAUUCCUCAAAAAACUUCACUUGCCCGUUGGGCACGUUAAGAACAGAAUUCACUAACCCGAUAGCAAAAUCCACUAGCCCUGGUUAUUGGACACUACUUUCUUUGCACAGUGAUUAGCCAUUUAUUCCACCCCAUGUCAAUUUAAGUACGCCUAUGUAUGAUUUUAUAUAAAGCUCUACUGAUUCAGCCAAUCAGGAGUGGACGGGUAUUUCUUUGUUCCCUUUCAGGAUAUCACAUAUAGAGUUUGCAUUUUGUUCCUUGUGUGCUUCUUUCCUUCUGUUUGUGUAUGCUGCCUGGUUCUUUUUCCACUAAAUCUACGUGAUAUUUGCCGUUCUUUAAACAAGAAAUCCAGUGACUGUCAUUACCUACUAGGAUACAGGUAAGAUAAAAUUGUGCGGCUUUUUUAAAGCAUAAUUUCAGAAGGCUGGUUUGGUUUUCUUAGGCCCUUUUAGCAUAGCAUUCUGUUGCUAGCUGAGCCAUAUCAACAACGUUCCUCAGCUUAAUCGUUAACACAAGCAUGUGGACCUGGUGGAAUCCCCCUUGAAAAAUUUACAAAUGAAAAGAACAAGUGAUCGUAAAUCUUUCUUUAUUUCACACCAUGAAAGGCAUUUACACAAGUGUACAUAAAAAGGAGAACAACGUAGCUGAUAAAUAAAAUAAUCAUUAAGCUAAAAGACAAUAAGUUCAUUAAUUUGUGCACAGAGUCCAAAGUAGCAAGAGCUUUCUUGUUGGACAGCAUCAUGUUCAGAUAAUCAGCAGCAGCAAGAGAGAGAAUAAAAUCUCAAAUAAUAUCAGUGAUAGAACAUAUAAGCAAGGCUAAGAUCAGAUUUGAGUGAUUGGAAGAUAAGACAGCCAGAAACAGGUACUCAAAGACAAGUGGUAGAGGGUAUAAUAAUUUAUACUAAAUUCACCAAAAAAUACAUUUUAGUUUAGUUUAUAGUCACAUAGUUUUGCUUGUAAGGUGAGCAAGUGUAUGAGAUAUUGAAAGUAAGAGCAUUAAUUCACAGAAUGUUACAAGCGGUGUGAUGCUCCACCACCCACUUUGUAUCUCAUUUAUAAAUAAUUAACAUGCAAAGAGUAGUGGCAAUUGUUUUCAUUUAACCUAAAGGAAUAGCAGUGAAGUCUGGAAUGGUCUGGGGCAGAGUCACAUUCAAGCACUGGCUUUAGCUCAAGAUAUCAACACGUUUUUUCUUGUUCUUCUUUUUGGUAAGUCAAGGUGUGAUGCCAAGGCAAGCAUUCAAUUCUGGGUCAAAUCUAAAUUUGUUUUUUUGUUUUUUUCAACUACUUCCAAGCCUUAGGUUAGUCAUUUGACUGUGAGGAUCACAUGUACGUUCAUUUAUUUCAGCAGAAGUUCACAUUACCAACUUUUUAAAUACAUGCAUUUUCACAAACAACGUGUAAUGGGGAAUGGGGAGCAAGGGUAGCACAGUGAUGAGAGCGCUUGUCUUCCACCACUGUGGCUUGGGUUUAAAUCCUGGCAUCGACGACAUGUGUGGGCUGGGUUUGUUGUUGCUAAUUUCUCCUUUACUCUGGAGGGGUUUUUCUCUGGCUACUCCUUUUUCCGCCUCUCCUCAAAAACCAACACUUCCAAAUUCCAAUUAACCAGGAAUGGUAGAUGAAGAACCACUAUGUGGAUAUGCUACCUCUAAAAAAAUCAUUAUUUAUUAUGUGUGAGAACACUAGCCAUAAGAUUGUGCUACUGAGUUAUUUGUUGACCUCAUGAACAAGUGCAGAAACUGUGGCAUGGUUAUGGUUGCUUUGGAAACCACAAUCAUUUUUGAACUAACCUAGGGUCAAUGGAACAAAACUUUGGAUCAAUCUUGCAAUUUUGUCCCUGUUUAAGACCCAAUCUUUUUCUAACACCAGAUUCUAAAUAACAAAUUAAUGUUGGAUCAGUUAGAUGGACCAGACUUUUCAGUUUAAACUGGACACACUCCCUUUUUCCUUCUUCAGUGGUGGCUGUUUAAUAGAAGUUCACCUGUAUAACAAAUUGGGACUGCUAAUGGUGAGGAAGGGCUGGGUAUGUAAACCUGUCUGAAGCGGACGUAGAAUUUUCAGAGGUUACGGCCAAGACUAUUUGUCCUUUGGAAGAAGUUUAUUGGAAUACAGUAAAUUUUUCUAACAGCAUAAAGACUACAUUGAAAAGUAACAAAAUGUAAAACUAUGUUGAUGUCAUUUUUUCUGCAGUACUUAUUUCCUCAAGUUAUGUGCAUCGCCUUCAUUUACUCUGGAGAAAAUCACCUUUCGUAAAUAAGUCUUGGAUCUGCACAGUGGCUGUUCUGUAAGUAUUAAAACUUUGCUUUUUACCAGGUACAAAGAUUUGAAAUCAGUGUCCAAAAAAUAGUAUGAAAUGAGAUGAGACUUCCUUACUUGUAUUGUCAAGUCUCAAAUUAAUUUUUGGAUUGGUGGCCGGACACAAUGACCAGCCAAAGAAAUUUUGCUUGGUCAAGUCUCAUUCUGAAUGGUUUAAGUGCUGGUAAAAAGUUAACUAAUCCUUGUGUGAUUUUCGAUUUGCGAAAUAUGUGUUUUGCAAAGGGACAAAAAACGCUAAGAUUUUUAGGUGAGAAUUUGGCCGUUUGUUUAAGAAUUAGACUGUGUGUGACAGGUCAACAUGACCUCUGAUUGAAGUUUUUACAGUGUAGCUGGUGUAGUCGCCACUCAGGUCAGACAUCGUUCGUUGAUUGGCAGUUAUUUUGAGCCCUGUAUGGUGUAUCAAGCGUAUUGAAAAAACACAUUCAAUGUGUUGUGAACUGAACUAUCUUGCUCUUUUCCAUUUUAUGUACAGCUUGACACUCCAUGUAAUCUACUUUGCAUUAUCUCAAGUUGGUUGGAGUCAGCAUAGAUCACCUGUAUACAGUAUCACUGAUGUUCCAGUACCCUCUAUCAUCAUCACCAUUCUAUGGCCUGUUGUUGCUCUUGCAAUUUGUGAACUCUUUAAAAGGAGAUAUAUCAAGUAAGAUAACUUCAUUUUACCACCUGAUAAUUGAAGUACAUGGAUAUUAAAAACUAUUAUUUUUGCAUUGGUUUUUCAGUAUUGCAGUGGAACCCUUAUUCCCGCAGCUCUGUUUAAAAGGUCUGCCCAAAGACUUUAGAUCAGGAACUCCUCGACUUGGUCAUGAAAGUGCUAGACAAAAAAUACAUCGAAGCCUAAGCGAAGACCAGUCUACUGAGGAAGAGAAUGGUAUGAAUUCAUAUUGAUUCAUAAACUAAUUUGAAAAUCAGACUUUAGAUGUCAUAUUUCUAUCUAAAACUAUUUAAUUGAAUAAAGUUUUGGUGCCUGUUGAUCCAAUAUAACUAGUUAGUUUGUUUAUCCAAGAUACACUAUUAUCCUUUAAAAAACAGGCCCUUUUCAUCAAAUUAUACUGCCAUUAAAAUUAUACCUUCCUACUCAUUUGUUACUUUAGCGGUAAAAGUUCUCUUUUCUGGGGUGGAGAAAAAUAAUUUUAUAAGUAAUUUAUGUGAAUGUCAAAAUUAGACUUGUGACCUUAAGUACUUCCAGACCAUCAAUAUAGGCAUUAACAAACUGCAAUCAAGUUGCCUUUUUUUUUUUUUAAAUUACUCUUAUUAGUAUUAUUUUAGAUCAUGAGACUCCAAUCACCUUUGAUUGAAGUAAACAAGCCAUUAUUGUUUCUAUUUAUCUUAUUUUUAGAGCUGUCGCCACUAGAGUUGAGUGUCCUCCUUAAUGCCCUACCUUGCUCAUUGGCAUUCCACAGAGAUGCCAGCUUUGAUUUUAAGGUUUUAAUCAAAGAGGUCAGUUCCCUUUUUUAUUAUUUGUAAUACUUGUAAUACUCCGUAGGUUACCAGACAUCUGUGGAAGUUUAAAGCAUGAGUGAUGGUACUAAGAAAUUGGUACAUAGGCUAACAAAAUAAUGAUAAAAUGUGUCAAAAAGUAUGAAAAUUGAAGGUCUUUUUUAUGGCCAUGCACCCCAUGAAAUGCAGAAACGUUGCCGUUGAAAAGACCUCUUAGGCUGCAAUUGGUGUCAAAAUUGUUGAGACAUCGUACUCAAAUGAGGUAAGUUCAGAGAAUAAAAGAAUCCACACCCCUCUCUCCUCCCCUCCAUUCAAAGUUGGGGUGUUUGUUGUUUUCUAUAGGUAGCUCGAACAGCGGCACAACAUUACAUGGAGGGGAUAGGGGAGAAAAAGCCUUGUUUUCCCCAUUUGGAGGCAGUAAAACAUCAGAAAGCCCCUUUAGGGUGAAGUGUCUCAACUAAUUUUGUUGCCGAUUGUAAUUUCAUAUUCUAAGAACACUUGCUAGUCAAAAUCUGAAUGAACUGUCAAGCUUAAAUGGGGGAAACGUUUGUAUUUAGUUAUGUAUUACUAAAGAAUCAACAUUGAUUGCACUUUCAAUAUUCUUUUAACAUGAAAGUCAAGCUUAGCUUAUAUAGUAUGUAGGAGACACUGCCUGAUGUCUGUUAAGCACACUGUUGUUCACUUUUAAGUCUUACCAUAAAAUAAUGUCACUAAUUAAAAUAAAUAUUACUGUUUACAUUGCAGGCACGUCACCUAUGCUUUGGACUCAUGAACUGCUUCUCCUUCAUGCUGUCAUGUCAGCUGGUACUUUCUGCCGUCAUGCUUCUAUCGUCAUUCUUCCUCCUCCCUCCUCCCUUAACAGGGCUCCAUAUUUUAUGGCUGACAUGCCUGACAGUACCCCUGUUGAGUCUGUCUUUGAUUGGUUCCUCGGCUGAUCAGGAUCUUAUGACAAUGAUCACAGGAAAAAAUGACAAAAACUUCAAGGUAAAUUUGUGCAUAGCACGUACAUGUGAAUAAAUGGUAGGCUCUCCUGGGGAAAUCAGGCCUUCAGAGCGUCUUGCCUAGUUCUUGUACAGGGUCUUCCAGACCUUCUCUGUCAAUGCAUUUCGGUGAUGUAUCUAAGACAAAUGGGUCAAAAACUUGCUCAGACCUCGUGACCCAAAAUGCAUAGACCAUGAAGAAUAAUGAGGGUUAGGGACUAGUCAACAGGGUGUCCUGGUGAGCUUGCUUGCAGGAAUGUUUCCCAAACAAACUCUGCAGAUGGCCUGGUAUGUAAAAUCAUUACCCUUUUGUGCUUCUGGUACAUUUUGUACUGUUAGGAAUUUUUACGUUCCAAGGCAUAUUUUCUGUAUUAGCAGUGUGCAAAGAAAGUCAUUUUUACAGCGUGCCUUUCGGGUAAGAUAAAGCUGGCAUUUACUAGCCAUUUCAAUAGUAGCCCCAAAACGUUUUGAUUAGCAGAAUUGAUUUCACAGUUUUUCUGUAAUUUGAAUUCCUCAAAAAACUUCACUUGCCCGUUGGGCACGUUAAGAACAGAAUUCACUAACCCGAUAGCAAAAGCUACUAGCCCUGGUUAUUGGACACUACUUUCUUUGCAUAGUGAUUAGCCAUUUAUUCCACCCCAUGUCAAUUUAAGUACGCCUAUGUAUGAUUUUAUAUAAAGCUCUACUGAUUCAGCCAAUCAGGAGUGGACGGGUAUUUCUUUGUUCCCUUUCAGGAUAUCACAUAUAGAGUUUGCAUUUUGUUCCUUGUGUGCUUCUUUCCUUCUGUUUGUGUAUGCUGCCUGGUUCUUUUUCCACUAAAUCUACGUGAUAUUUGCCGUUCUUUAAACAAGAAAUCCAGUGACUGUCAUUACCUACUAGGAUACAGGUAAGAUAAAAUUGUGCGGCUUUUUUAAAGCAUAAUUUCAGAAGGCUGGUUUGGUUUUCUUAGGCCCUUUUAGCAUAGCAUUCUGUUGCUAGCUAAGCCAUAUCAACAACGUUCCUCAGCUUAAUCGUUAACACAAGCAUGUGGACCUGGUGGAAUCCCCCUUGAAAAAUUUACAAAUGAAAAGAACAAGUGAUCGUAAAUCUUUCUUUAUUUCACACCAUGAAAGGCAUUUACACAAGUGUACAUAAAAAGGAGAACAACGUAGCUGAUAAAUAAAAUAAUCAUUAAGCUAAAAGACAAUAAGUUCAUUAAUUUGUGCACAGAGUCCAAAGUAGCAAGAGCUUUCUUGUUGGACAGCAUCAUGUUCAGAUAAUCAGCAGCAGCAAGAGAGAGAAUAAAAUCUCAAAUAAUAUCAGUGAUAGAACAUAUAAGCAAGGCUAAGAUCAGAUUUGAGUGAUUGGAAGAUAAGACAGCCAGAAACAGGUACUCAAAGACAAGUGGUAGAGGGUAUAAUAAUUUAUACUAAAUUCACCAAAAAAUACAUUUUAGUUUAGUUUAUAGUCACAUAGUUUUGCUUGUAAGGUGAGCAAGUGUAUGAGAUAUUGAAAGUAAGAGCAUUAAUUCACAGAAUGUUACAAGCGGUGUGAUGCUCCACCACCCACUUUGUAUCUCAUUUAUAAAUAAUUAACAUGCAAAGAGUAGUGGCAAUUGUUUUCAUUUAACCUAAAGGAAUAGCAGUGAAGUCUGGAAUGGUCUGGGGCAGAGUCACAUUCAAGCACUGGCUUUAGCUCAAGAUAUCAACAUGUUUUUUCUUGUUCUUCUUUUUGGUAAGUCAAGGUGUNAGUAAGAGCAUUAAUUCACAGAAUGUUACAAGCGGUGUGAUGCUCCACCACCCACUUUGUAUCUCAUUUAUAAAUAAUUAACAUGCAAAGAGUAGUGGCAAUUGUUUUCAUUUAACCUAAAGGAAUAGCAGUGAAGUCUGGAAUGGUCUGGGGCAGAGUCACAUUCAAGCACUGGCUUUAGCUCAAGAUAUCAACAUGUUUUUUCUUGUUCUUCUUUUUGGUAAGUCAAGGUGUAAUGCCAAGGCAAGCAUUGAUUAUUCUUGGUCAAGUCUAAAUUUGUUUUGUGGUUUUUUUUUGUUUUGUUUUUUUCAAUCAAUAAACAUACACUUUUUUUCCAAGCCUUAGGUUAGUCAUUUGACCGUGAGGAUCACAUGUACUUUCAUUUAUUUCAGCAGAAGUUCACAUUACCAAUUUUUUAAAUACAUGCAUAUUCGUAAACAACAUGUAAUGGGGAAUGAAGAGCAAGUGGCGGUGGCACAGUGAUGAGAGCACUUGUCUUCCACCAACUUGGCUUGGGUUCAAAUCACGGUGUCAACGGCAUAUGUGGGCUGGGUUUGUUGUUGCUAAUCUCUCCUUUACUCUGAGAGAUUUUUCUCUGGCUACUCUUUUAUCCCCCUCUCCUCAAAAACCGACACUUCCAAAUUCCAAUUUAACCAGCUGGAAUAGUAGGCAAAGAACCUGGCUAUGUGGAUAUGCUACCUCUGAAAACAUCAUUAUUUGUUAUGUGUGAGAACACUAGCCAUAAGGUUGUGCUACUGAGUUAUUUGUUGACCUCAUGAACAAGUGCAGAAACUGCAGCGUGGUUAUGGUUGCUUUGGAAACCACAAUCAUUUUUGAACUCACCUAGGGUGCAAUCUUUAUUUCAACCAAACUUUUAUCAUGGUGUCAAUGGAACAAAACUUUGGAUCAAUCUUGCAAUUUUGUCCCUGUUUAAGACCCAAUCUUUUUCUUACACCAGAUUCUAAAUAACAAAUGUUGGAUCAGUUAGAUGGAACCAGACUUUUCAGUUGAAACUGGACACACUCCCUUUUUCCUUCUUCAGUGGUGGCUGUUUAAUAGAAGUUCACCUGUGUAACAAAUUGGGACUGCUAAUGGUGGGGAAGGGCUGGGUAUGUAAACCUGUCUGAAGUGGACAUAGAAUUUUCAGAGGUUACGGCCAAGACUAUUUGUCCUUUGGAAGAAGUUUAUUGGAAUACAGUAAAUUUUUCUAACAGCAUAAAGACUACAUUAAAAAGUAACAAAAUGUAAAACUAUGUUGAUGUCAUUUUUUCUCCAGUACUUAUUUCCUCAAGUUAUGUGCAUCGUCUUCAUUUACUCUGGAGAAAAUCACCUUUUGUAAAUAAGUCUUGGAUCUGCACAGUGGCUGUUCUGUAAGUAUUAAAACUUUGCUUUUUACCAGGUACAAAGAUUUGAAAUCAGUGUCCAAAAAAUAGUACGAAAUGAGAUGAGACUUCCUUACUUGUAUUGUCAAGUCUCAAAUUAAUUUUUUGAUUGGUGGCCAGACACAAUGACCAGCCAAAGAAAUUUUGCUUGGUCAAGUCUCAUUCUGAAUGGUUUAAGUGCUAGAAAAAAAUUAACUAAUCCUUACAAAUGUGAUUUUCGAUUUGUGAAAUAUGUGUUUUGCAGAGACAAAAAUCUAAGAUUUGGCCGUUUGUUCAAGAAUUAUGACAGUGUGUGUGACAGGUCAACAUGACCUCUGAUUGAAAUUUUUAGGAGUGUAGCUGGUGUAGUCGCCAUUCGGGUCGGACAUUGUGCGUUGAUUGGCCGUUAUUUUGAGCCCUGUAUGGUGUACCAAACAUAUUGAAAAAAACACAUUCAAUCUCCACUUAUUCAUUGCCUCCCGAUGUGUUGUGAACUAAACUAUCUUGCUACUUUCCAUUUUAUGUACAGCUUGACACUCCAUGUAAUCUACUUUGCAUUAUCUCAAGUUGGUUGGACUCAGCAUAGAUCACCUGUAUACAGUAUCACUAAUGUUCCAGUACCCUCUAUCAUCAUCACCAUUCUAUGGCCUGUUGUUGCUCUUGCAAUUUGUGAACUCUUUAAAAGGAGAUAUAUCAAGUAAGAUAACUUCAUUUUACCACCUGAUAAUUGAAGUACAUGGUUGUCUGUGACCCACUACUGUGUGCAAGACAUGUAUUAAAUUUAGUGUUGACGAUAAGCAUUACCCCUGGUUUCCACAUGUCACACGGUGGUGAUCAUUAACUUUAAUAGUUAAUAAAAAUGACAAGUAAAUAUUUUCGUACCCUCAUACGCAGACAUUCCUAGGGCUUCAUCACUGCUGCAGGAAAUCAUGACAAAGCCCUAAGAACAUCUGCAUGGGAGGCUUAUAUUAUUUUAAUUUUCCAUUCUUUGUUGAAAAAGAAAAAUUUUCCUUUCGAGUUUAAUUUUUUAGCGGUUAAAUUGGACUCGGGCAUUUGUCAUUUUCAACAGUUUUUAAGAAAAAGAAAAAGUUCAUCUUCUGAUACACCUGUCUGUACAAAAAAAAUUAUGAACUGUUGUGGUCAAUAGUUUUGUUGUAAAAAUGUACAUAGCUUAUCAUUACAUGUGCACAAUGUUAGAUUUUGUAAGUGGUGUCUCAAAAUCCUAUGUUGGCCCAGUAUACACAGUGAUGUUACUUGUCACAAAGAGUAAUGAUAAUCCCUUUGACUCUGAAGGUGACUACGGCACAGGUUGUCGAAACGCUAGUCACUGUCAACAGAAACAGUCCUAUUCAGGACUACGUUCACGCGGACAAUCAUACUCAACCUACUUAUGAAAAGAUUCCUAGGUUCAAACCUUUCACAGUAAUGAUAAUGAUGGAAUAAUUAUUCAGAAAAUCUUCCACUGCAGCAAUUUUUAACCCUCAUUUUAUUAUUACAGGGAGUGGAUCAGACACCAGAGAAGAGCCAAAUUAAAGUUUGGCACCAAAUUGGGCAUGAAUUCUCCAUUUUAGUUAAGGAGAAGGACAAGGCAACAUCUUUUUAAGUAGAAUAGAAUGUUCAUACCCAGUCACAAAUUUUCAUUGACAUAAUUAUUUCAGUAGUAAGUCUAUAAACAUGAGUACUAAGUACAUGAAGCUCUUGUAAGCAGACACCCUCGGGACGUGAAAAAGGUGUUCAUACCUGGAGCUGGCCGCUUACGAGAAUGUAAAAAUGCAGAGUUUGCAUUGGAGUUGAGUAAAACAGGGUUUUGUGAAGGUGGCCAUAAGUGGAGUUGUCUGCUUACAGGAGUGUCUAUUAUGAUAGCUUCCACUGUACAACUAUUUUCUCUAGGAGACUCUAGGGCUUAGAGAGAGGGGAAGAUGCUAAGUCAAAUAGGUGCAGU